AUGAUGUCCUCUCGGGCGAUGGCGCAGUUGCAACGGGAAAGGGAUUUCAUGCGCACCGCAGACAUAGUGAACAAGUUUAUUAUAUCGACUGCGCAGUUUUUGAACCGAUUUGCAGCUCAGUGUGACAAUAAACUACUCGAGACAAGCCGGUCACUUCAGCGCCUUGAGGCCCUCACGGUGCUGCUGGAGAGCAAGCUCAAUAGCAUUGAUGAGGAGUAUGGAGAGGAAAGAGACGCUAUGACCGCUGCUCCUCCCCCCACCGCGGCUCUUGUUAGCGGCAGUUUGGCACCCCCCGCAUUUGCUGAUCGUAACGCCCCGCCACCGAUGCCUGGCCUCGUGGCGGUGCAGAGCAUCAAUCGGCCGCCGCCUCCGCCGCCGCAACGCCACGGGCCACCG